UAUAAAUUUAUUUCUCUUUCUUUACUAAAGUAAAAAUAGCUACUUAAGCAUCACACAGACACAUCCAUAUCACCAUUCUUAGCUGAAAGAAACUAGUACCAAUCUAUUUGAGAAGCUAAUCUUCCCUCAAAGCAAUGUGAACCCAGUAGCACAGAGCUGUAAUAAAGUUGUCCAUUAAGGAUACAAAAGAGAACCUCUAACAAAAUUGCUUUUUUACACUUUAGGCAAUUCUCCAACUCUUUGAUCUACAAAACAGACUUUGCCUAAUACACAGAUUGUGAGAUUAGGAGGAAGUCAUGGAUUCUCUAGAGGACAUGGGGAAAGGAGAUUUGAAUCGUGAAAAUUGUAGUGUGAAAUCAAGAACAUCUUUCUUCUUCAACCCUCUCUCUCAGAAAUGCUUUUGGAAGAAGCCUAGGAUGCUCCCAAGGAAAAAAUAUUUUCAAAGUAGAGGAGAUGGGGAAGGUGGGAGCAAUCGAGUCUUUGCAAGAAGUAGAUGUACCCAGCCCUUGUCCUUCUGACAUUCAGAGAGGAUCAUACCCAUAUCUGGCCUGUGAUCCUCUAACAGAUGUCCAGAUUGUUAAAGAAAACCUGGAAUCAGACUACUUUGGCAAGAUUGAACGUCGAUGGUCAAUCAUACGAAAUCUGAACAACCAAGUUCUCUUCGUUGACCAGAGAAGACAAGCCAUUUUUGAGGAUAUGACUGAUUCUGAGUGUAGAGAGAAUCCAACUAAAAUUGUAAUACAUAUAUAUAAAGAUAGCCACCCUAGAGGUUUGGCAGUAGCCCUCUCUGUGAAGAGUAAAGAAAAUUUUACUAUCUCCUGUAAGGACAAAAUUAUUUCCUUCAAGGAAAUGAGUCCUCCUGAUAAUAUCAAUAAUGAAGAAAAUGAGAUAAUAUUCUUUAUGAGAAGUGUUCCAGGACAUGACAAUAAGAUGCAGUUUGAGUCUUCAUUGUAUAGAGGAUAUUUUCUAGCUUGUAAAAAGGAGAAUGAACUUUUUAAACUCACUUUGAAAGAAAGGGACAUACAUGGGGAUGAAUCUGUAAUGUUCAUUGUUGAAUACGGCAAAUAUUAAAAACUAGGUAUUAAAAUUUCAUAGUUUGAACUUUCUAAUUUUUUGUCUUUUAGAAAAGUUAAGAUUGAGUCUAUAAUUGUAAUAAUGAAAUAAGAUGAAUAAUGAUCUCAAAGGAUACCACUAAGAAAUGAAUAGUAAGCUUUCACAAAAUUGAAUUGACCCCUUUUAUGCAGAUGAAUAAAGCAUUUGUAUAAUGUAAAAAGAUGCAUAGCUUGAAAACAUAGUCUCCAUGUUGACUUUGGAACAUAGAUUAUACUCAAUAAAAAUGUUUUAAAUCCUU